AUGUACACCAAUCCGUUCAACCGCAAGCACAGCACUAUCCGCCAGAUGUUGGACCGCAUCUUUGACCCGGCAGUCAAGAAGCCGAUCCGGCGCUCGGAGAGUGUCUCUAGCGCGGGCAGCUCCAGCUCCAAGAGCAGCGCGAGCUCUUUUGGCAGCAGCGAAGCACCAUUAAUUGUAAAGAGUAAUGCAAUAAGGAUUUCCAUCCCACCUUUCACAAGAUUGCAGGUAUGUUUGAGGUACUUGGCCACUGGUAAUAGUUUCAGCUCCAUAGGAUACGCUUUUCGCAUAGCUAAAUGCACUGUUUCCGAAAUUGUUGAAGAAACAUGUUUGGCAAUUUAUGAAACGUCAAAAAAUAUAUUUCUAACUGUGCCUAUAACGAAAAAAUGGUUAUUAAUAGCUGAGGGUUUUCAAAAAAGUGUGAUUUUCCAAGUUGUGCUGGUGCGAUUGAUGGAAAAAAAGUUGUUAUGCAGUGAGUCAACAUUUUUUUACUACAAGGGUCAUCACAGCUUGAAUUUUACUGGAGUCUGUGAUAGUAACUGUAGAUUUACUUUGAUAGAAGUUGGUGCUGAGGGUCGUCGCAGUGAUGGUGGUAUCUUUGCAACCAGUUAUGUUAGAAAAGCUAUAGAAGAAGAUGAACUCAAUCUUCCGUCAUAUGUAAAUGUUGCUGAACGCCUACUACCUUUUAUUUUUGUUGGUAAUGAAGUACUAAGUAGGGCACGUAGAACAAUCGUGUGUGGAUUUGGUAUUUUAGUAGCUCGAUGGAGAAUUUACAAGCGUUCACUAGAUUUGGGUGUUGAUAAAAUUGUGGCCAUAGUACUGGCUACAAUAUGCUUUCACAAUUUUGUCAUUACAGAAGAAUUACAGAAACAAUCUGAGUUUCGGUACUAUUCAACUUACACAAAUCUGGACAGACUCUAG